AUGGCUUCAGAGAAGAUUGCUGACCCAACGGCGCAGACCCUUGAGCGUCUUGACUCGAUCGACAAGAGCAAAGAUGUCAUCGAAGUCAAGGAAGUCAGAGGCAGCGAGGCCUUCAACGAGGCUUUGAUCCAGGAAGAUGUGCCACUCUUGCACCCACGCACCCUGCAGCUGUUCGCGUGCCUGCUCAUCGGCUUCUUCUGCCAGACCAUGAACGGAUAUGACACCAUGUUGUUCGGCGGUCUGCUCAACAACAAGGAAUACUUCCUCAAGCACUUCCACGGGCAGAACAAGGGUAUCUGGGCCGGCCUCAUCACCUCCAUGUACCAGAUUGGCGGUGUCUCUGCCCUGCCUUUCGUCGGACCCUGCAUUGACCAAUGGGGACGCCGGGUGGGCAUGUUCAUUGGCAGCGUUCUCAUCAUUGUCGGCACGGUCAUUCAGGGCUUGACCUCUGCCAAUGCCUCCGAGGGACAGAUGAUGGGGGGUCGGUUCGUCCUUGGGUUCGGCGUCACCAUUGCCGCAGCGGCCGGCCCCAUCUGGAUCGUGGAGACGGCUCAUCCCAAGUAUCGCGGUAUCAUCACGGGUCUCUGCAACACCACCUGGUUGGCCGGCUCGAUCUUGUCCUCAGGCGCAACCCGAGGCGGUCUCGAUAUCCAGGGCAACAACUCGUGGCUCAUCCCCAUCUGGUUGCAAAUGGUCUUCCCGGGAUUUAUCGCUGUGUUCGCCUUCUUCCUGCCCGAGUCGCCCAGGUGGGUGUAUGCCAGUGGGAAGCGCCAAAAGGCCCACGACAUCCUCACCAAGUGGCACGGCUAUGGCAAUGCUGAGUCUCCCUGGGUCAAACUCCAACUCCAUGAGUAUGAGGAGUACCUUGAGCUGGACGGCUCUGACAAACGUUUCUGGGAUUACCGUGCUCUGUUCAACAGGAAGUCGAGCAUCUACCGAACCGCCGUCGCUUGCUGGUUCUCUGCCUUUACGCAAUGGUGCGGUAACGGCCCUCUUUCCUACUUCAUGUCGGCGGUCCUCGACACCGCCGGCGUCAACACCUCGAUCGGAAAGGCCAACGUCCAGCUCGGCUACAGCGUGGAGCAAUUUUGCUUCGCGGUGCUGGGCGCGCAUUUCGUCGAGCGCAUCGGUCGCCGCAAGAUGAUGUUGGCCGGUUUCUUUGGCGUGUCGGUGAUCUGGGUGUGCAUGACGGCGUCGGCGGGCACGCUGGCAAACUCGCUCACGUCCGGCUCCGUGGACGCCGGCGACGCCAAGUUCAGCAACCACGCCGCGGGCAACGCCGUGUUGGCCUUCAUCUUCAUCUUCGGCGCGUGGUACUCGUUCAACCUCACGCCCCUGCAGGCCCUGUACCCGGUCGAGGUCUACAGCUACGAGAUUCGCGCAAAGGGCAUGGCCUUCCAGUCCUUCUUCGUCAACGCCGCCGGCCUGAUCAACCAAUUCGCCUGGCCCGUGGCCAUCAAGGAGAUCCAGUGGAAGACGUACAUAAUCUUCGUGGUCUGGACUUUUGUCCAGGGUGUGCUCGCUUAUUUCUUCUUCCCGGAGACCAGGAAGCGGACUCUCGAGGAACUGGACAAGAUCUUUGAAGCAAAGAACCCGGUCAAGUAUUCGCUCGAAUCCCACACCCUGGCCAUCACGGAGGACAACACCGUCGUCGCUGUCGACAAGGUCUAA